CUUGUUCAAAAAGUCACACAAAACAGAAAACAGAAAAAUUAUUUCUCAGCAGAAAAAUAAAAAUAUUUUACACACCCACAAAAUUGAAAAUAUUUUUUGAAAAACCUCCAAAAUGAUGUCCCAAUAUUUAGAAGAACUCGAGCAGGACCCCUUUGAUGUGGUAGCCUUUAUUGACCGUCUUACAUGGCGCACCAACAACGAAACCGGCAGCGAUGAGCUAAAUCCUGAAGCUCUCCACGAUACAUUCGUUCAAACAAUCAAAGAUCUUAAAAUCCUACAAGAAAAACAAAGAAAAAAACGUGAAGCUUUAGAGGAAACACUCCGCGAAGAGCAACAAGCCUAUGCUCAAAGUUUGCUCAAAUUGCAAGAACGUCACGAACUUGCCGUUGAAUGUUUCCAACAGUUGGAUGAAAAAAUCAACUCUGUUGCUGGUAAGAUUCUUCAUUUAGGUGAACAGUUGGAGAAUGUAAACACUCCGAGAAGUCGAACUUUGGAAGCACACAAACUCCUUAAUCACAUGUCUGAGUUUCUUGUGUCUGGUCCAUUAGUUAGUGAAACAUUCACUGAUCAAAGUAAAUUGCAUGAAGCUGCUGAUAUUAUACAAAAACUUUAUACAAUUGCUCAGGAUUUGCCAGAAGAGAAAUUUGGGGAGGCAAAGAAAAAAAUCGAAAAGAAAUAUGAUGAAAUUGAAAGGAAGUUGAUUGAAGAAUUCGCUACUGCACAAAAGAGUGAAGAUAUUGAAAAGAUGAAGACGAUUGCAAAUAUUUUGUCACAAUUUAAAGGAUAUGCUCAGUGUAUUGAUGCGUAUAUUGAACAAAGUCAAAUGACUCCCUAUGGCGGCAAAGAUAUCUAUAUUGGAAUUCUUCCACUCUGCAAACAUCACUACGAGAUUAUAAAGAAAGUAUUUGCCAAUCCUAAUCAAGUAAUGUCCAAAUUCAUUCUCAAUAUAUACCAACUGAAGCUGUAUCAAUAUGCGCAUACAAAAUUGGAAGAUAAGAAAAACGAAGAGAAACAUCUGCGAACACUAUAUGAGCUUUAUUCUAGAACAAUUAAACUUUCUUCAGAACUUCAGGAGUUUAUGACCGAAGCCGACGAUGAUCUUUUAAACAAAUUAACUUCACACAUAUUUACAAAACAUCUGGUUAACUACAUCGAAAUCGAAACAAGUUUCCUUAAAAAUAAAUGUACAGUUGAACUUGAACGAUAUUACGCAGGUAAAAAACAUCAAAAGAAACAAUCUGAACGAUUUCAAGAUCUUCGCCGAGAUAUGCAGGCAUUAAUUGGAACUAGAGCUAAUAUCAAUAUCGCUCAGAUUGAAGAUUAUGGAGGAGAGACAUUCCUAUCCGAAGAAUUGGCUAUUAACUUGUUGCAGGAAGCCAAGGCAUCACUCAAACGAUGUCGUCUACUUUCUAAAGAAACAGACCUUCCAGCAAAUAUUCUGAAACUUACCGAUAUUCUUUUGCGUUUCAUGAUGCACGAGCAUGUCAACUAUGCAUUAGAAUUGGGACUACAAGCCAUUCCAUUGGGUGAGACGAAAGUUUUCCCACAAAUUUAUUUCUUCGAUGUUGUUCAGAAGAGCAACAUUAUUGUUCAUCUUUUGGAAAAACUUUAUGCUGAAUGUGUUGUUCCAUGUAUAAUAAAUACUCCCAAAUACUCUGAUUAUAUAUUCAAGAAGCGAGUAAUGAUGGAACAGAUAGAGCAAAGGCUCGACACUGGCUUAGAUCGGUCAAUGAACGCUGUUAUGAAUUGGGUGAAAAUCUAUUUGCAAGCUGAACAAAAGAAAACUGACUUUAAGCCAGAUGAAGAUGUCGAUACAUUAGCCUCUUCUGCUUGUGUAAGUGUUGUUCAAAAUCUUCAACCCACAAUAGCGCAAUUGAAAAGAUGUGUCGAUGGAGAGAACUUACAGAAUGUCCUCACAGAGUUUGGAGUACGUUUGCACAAAGUCAUCUAUGACCAUUUGUUGACACUCCAGUUCAGUGCUGCUGGAGCAAUGGUUGCUAUUUGUGAUGUCAACGAGUAUAGAAAAUGUAUAAGAGAAUUGGAUAGUCCAUUGGUGACUCAAUUAUUUGAUAUUCUACAUGCCUUGUGUAAUUUAUUGCUGGUCAAGCCAGAAAAUUUACUGGAAGUUUGCACAGGUGAUACUUUGAAUUACUUGGAUAAGUCGGUGGUGAGACAAUUUAUUCAACUGAGAGGCGAUAUUAAAUACCUCAAAACAAACACCACCUACUUAAAGGAAAUAAUGGAGUAAACAGAUAAAAUAUAUCUUUUUUAUCUGUUAUAUAUAUAUUUUUUAAUAAAAGAAAGUAGUUGUAGAAAAGUAUUUAAAUUAAGUUUUAAUUGUUAAAAAUAUUAAUUUUAUUUAGUUCGCAUGAAUAAUAAAUAAAAUAGAGUGCAAUUGCUA